AAGUUAGAGGAAAAAGUACAAUAUCUUAAACAAUUAAAUAAACAUUUGACUCCAAGUUUUAUUAACAAUUCAGUUUCGUAUAUAAUUUUUAGAAUUGAGAGACUAAAUUUUAGGUGAAAGAAAAUCGAGAACUGACUAAUAAUUUUUGUUAUAGUUGAACAAUAAUUGGAUCAUAAAGUAAUAUAAUUAGAACAGCUUAAAAUAUGGUGAAUUUGAAACUAAUUGGACUAUUGGUGAUGAUUAUAAAAAUCGCUAUUUUGGUGAAAUUAUCGAAUGCACAAUGUAUUGUGAAUGGUGGUAUAUGCAAACCCGGAAUGGGUCGUGUUUAUUGUUGCGGAAUUUGUCAACUACGACCACAAUUUGACUAUGGAAUAUGUAUUAAUGGAUGAUAUUUGUGUUAACCAUACGUUCCUUUCAUCCAUAUAAAGGUUAUAAAAUAAAUUCUUUUCAAAUCUAA